UUUUAUCCGCCCUCAGCUCUCUCAUCUGAUCCAAUCCUUCCUUCCUUGAAAACCUUGAGAGACAAAGAGACAAGUCCAGCCAAACAGUGGUAGUAGAAGAAGUGGCAUUAUCAAUGGCAGUGGCGGUGGCGGUGGCGGUGGACGCUUCUCCUAGCACUAGCGGUCAUAGAUGGAACAUGGCUUCUCUCAGGUCUUCCCUUCCUUCUCCUCCUUAUUCUUCUUCUUCAACGAGUGCCGCAGCCACUAUUCGACUCCCAUCAUCAUCUGGUCGCCAAUGCUUCCACAAAAGCAUCAGCUUCUCUUCGCCUCGCCGCCAACAACGGCAACAACCAGUCCUUACUCGUUCUUUCACCGUUCUUAACCCUCUUCUCUCCCUUGGUUUCUCCGACAAUGUCACCUGUGGGCAUGUCUUCCCUGACGUUGAUAAUGGUUCUCGCUUUUUUGCCAUGAGGCAUGGCAAGCGGGUUCCCAAGCUCAAUCGCCCACCAGACCAGCGUCGAGCACUUCUCAGAGGCCUCACCACCCAGCUCCUUAAGCAUGGUCGCAUCAAGACCACCAGAGCACGUGCCAGUGCCAUGAGGAAGCAUGUUGACAAGAUGAUCACUUUGGCUAAGGAUGGUUCUCUCCACAAAAGGAGACAGGCUCUCGGCUUCAUCUAUGAAAAGCAGAUUGUCCAUGCCUUAUUUGCUGAGGUCCCCGACAGAUACGGGGAACGAAAUGGUGGAUAUACCAGAAUUAUUAGAACUUUACCGAGACGAGGGGAUAACGCGCCCAUGGCCUAUAUUGAACUUGUCUAGGUGUUUUCUUUUACUCAGCUUAUUCUUGCAUUCUAUUUUGAUAUUACUGUUUGCUGAACCAUAUGCUUGUAUUCAUAUUUACCAUUUUUGAGAUAGAGCUGUGUGCAAUGAAAAUGGUGCAUUAUGAUUUA